UUGCCAGACGCUUCCGGGUAGUCGUGCUGUGUACUACCGAAGGUCUUGGGCAAGGCACCUGCCGGGUAGCUGUACAGCAUUAAGACGCAACAUAUACAAGGAUUGUGAAGACUGAUGCAAGGGCUGCUUUUCUACUGUCAUUUCAUGUGGUUUCCAGGUCACCUUGAGGCAGAUUGCUCCUGCUGCUUUGCCUUGCCUAAAUUAAGUGUAUAGUUGCCUUUCUUUAUAUUUUCUUUUCUUUCUUUUGUUUGGUUAUUUUGCCGUGACCUCCGUCUAGUGCCCCACCUCCGACUGAUGUAUUGGCUGUUCCAGUAGUGUACAUUGUCCUGUUGAGAUUUUGUCCAGCUGUAUACUCUAUUUAACCUGUUAGUAAUAACAACCUCCUCAUCCUUGUCCCCCUUUUCCAGAGUACUAGAGCAGCUGCUCAUAAGAGGUUCCUGGAUCCGCCUUUGCGCACUGCACCGCGUAUUGUAGUGGUAACCUGCACCUCACAAUAUUGAUUGAUCACUUGCUUGUAGUGGUUGUGCCUAUGUGUGUGCAUGUGUGUGUGUAUGCAUUUGACUGUAGGCACCAGAGUCCAGAGCACGGUUGGUGAACUUCACGCUUAUCCCGGACAGCAAUGGAGGAAGUGAAACAGCUGAGAGAACAGAUUCGUCAGCUGCAGGCAGACAACGACCGCCUGCAGCAGCAACGGCAACCACCGCCGCCUCAGCCGGACUAUUCCGCUAAUCCUACUAACCCUGUUUCUCAUGAACGACUGGUUUAUCUCCCUAGGGAGCGGAAGUGUCCUGUAUUUCGUGGUAGGGUGGGUAUUGGCAUUGUUGAGUGGGUGGAAGAGGUGGAAGUUUGUGCACGUACUAGACAUUUGGGCGCACUUGACAAAGCCUACUUUAUGUUUGAUCAUCUGGAUGGGGAGGCUAAAGAUGAGAUCCGUUAUAGGCCAAGAACUGAUCGGGAAAUCCCAGAAAAAAUUGCAGACAUUCUCAAAGAACUUCAUGGGUGCUCCCAGUCUUAUGUUGCCUUGCAAGAAAGUUUAUUUUCCAGAAAACAAUUGGACGGUAAAUCUUUACAAGAAUAUUCGCAUGCUCUUUUUUCUCUGAUGGAUAAAGUUAAACAGGUCUCCCCUGACUCAGUGCCCCAGUCUGACAUGCUGCUCCGUGACCAGUUUACAGAGUAUGUCAUUGACUCUGACCUCCGCAGGGAAUUGAAGAGACUUGUCCGUCAGACCUCAGGGAUGUCCAUGCUAGAAGUGCGUGCUGCCGCCAUCCGGUGGGAGUGUGAGGGCAGGCCCAGUGACUUCAAUAGAGGUAGGAGCCAUUCAGUUCCCUCUCUUUGCGCUAUGCAAUACUCCAAAACUCAGCCAGGCAGAGCCUCACCACCUGUCAGUAUGGCAAGUUCAGAAAUGGCCGAGCUGCGGUCCAUGUUGCUGAAGCAACAAGAACAGAUCAAUCACUUAACUAAUGCCUUAACUACUUUACAAGGAGCAGCACGCCCAGCCUACUCCAGUCGCCCCUCUCCAGUUAGUCGCCCAUCAACCGUCAUUUGUAAGCGUUGCCUAAAGCCUGGUCAUUAUGCCCAAGAGUGCGAUAAUGAGAGAGUGUUAGCUCCUAAUCACAUCCCCCAGGCCCAAGCUCAGGCUAAUGUUGUCUCAGUUUCUCAGACGGAAAACUAGUUCCCUUCAGCGUGCAGAGCCACACGCUGAGAGGGGACUUUAGCGGCUCUCAGAAUCAGGACACUCUUAGCCACCCUGUAACCUCCCUUGUCGCUCAGUGCCCGAAGGUAGCUGUGAGAGUACGGGGAGUAGUUGUCAAUUGUCUUUUAGACACAGGGUCUAUGGUAUCUACCCUGGUGGAGAGUUUCUUUGUGCAACACUUCAAGGAUAAACUUCAACAGUGUAAUUGGUUGCAGCUUCGGGCCGCAAAUGGUCUAGACAUACCCUAUACCGGGUAUGCUGAGCUAACGGUUGAAGUGCUGGGGAAGGUAAUCCCCCAACGAGGUUGGCUAGUGGUUAAAGAUCCCCAGGUCAGCUCGCCCCUCCCCUUGUACCAGGUGUGCUUGGAAUGAAUGUUAUUCGCGAAUGCUAUGCUGAACUAUUUGGCCAACAUGGUUCAUCUUUGUUCGAUCUCCCACCGGUAGUUCAUGCCUCACUCCCAUGGCGGCAUGCCUUGCAGCAUUGUCAUCGGGUCCA